CGGCACACCCCGGGGGACCCUGUCGCGACUCCACCGCUCCAUAUCGCGACAUCACCGUGCCCUGUCGAGACUCCAUUUUGUCAGAGCCCUUUUCAGUAUAUAGCUCUAUAUUUUUUAUUUGCCCUGUCAUCUUUGGGGGCUGCCCCGUGUCGUGAUUUUUUGCCGUGAUCUCUCCGUGACAUCACCACGCCAUCGUGAAGUGUGAUCUCAUCGCUGCCCUGUCGUGACUUCAUCAAUGUCGUGUUGUGACCUGGCCGCGGCGGGACAGUUGGGCAAGGCGGGCACCAUGGCCUCGGAUUGUGAGCCAGCUCUGAACCAGGCAGAGGGCCGAAACCCCACCCUGGAACGCUACCUGGGAGCCCUCCGUGAGGCCAAGAAUGACAGUGAGCAGUUUGCAGCCCUGCUGCUAGUGACCAAGGCAGUUAAAGCAGGUGACAUCGAUGCUAAAACUCGGCGGCGGAUCUUCGAUGCCGUGGGCUUUACCUUCCCCAAUCGCCUCCUGACUACCAAGGAGGCACCAGAUGGCUGCCCCGACCAUGUUCUGCGGGCCCUGGGUGUGGCUCUGCUGGCCUGCUUCUGUAGUGACCCUGAGCUUGCCGCCCACCCCCAAGUCCUGAACAAGAUCCCCAUCCUCAGCACUUUCCUCACACCCCGGGGUGACCCCGAUGACGCUGCCCGCCGCUCCAUGAUCGACGACACCUACCAGUGCCUAACAGCGGUGGCAGGCACACCCCGGGGGCCCCGGCACCUAAUUGCUGGUGGCACCGUGUCUGCCUUGUGUCAGGCGUACCUGGGGCAUGGCUACGGUUUUGACCAGGCCCUGGCACUCCUGGUGGGGCUGCUGGCUGCAGCCGAGACCCAGUGCUGGAAGGAGGCGGAACCUGACCUGCUGGCCGUGUUGCGAGGCCUCAGUGAGGAUUUCCAGAAAGCCGAGGAUGCCAGCAAGUUUGAGCUGUGCCAGCUGCUGCCCCUCUUUCUGCCCCCGACAACCGUGCCCCCUGAAUGCCUCCGGGAUCUGCAGGCUGGGCUGGCGCGCAUCCUGGGCAGCAAGCUGAGCUCCUGGCAGCGCAAUCCCGCGCUGAAGCUGGCAGCCCGCCUGGCGCACGCCUGUGGCUCAGACUGGAUCCCAGCGGGCAGCUCAGGGAGCAAGUUCCUGGCCCUGCUGGUGAACCUGGCCUGUGUGGAGGUGCGGCUGGCCCUGGAGGAGCCAGGCUCCGAGGUGAAGGAGGAUGUAGUGACCGCCUGCUACGCCCUCAUGGAGUUGGGUAUCCAGGAGUGCACCCGCUGUGAGCAGUCCCUGCUGAAGGAGCCCCAGAAGGUACAGCUUGUGAGCAUCAUGAAGGAGGCCAUCGCUGCUGUCAUUCACUACCUGCAGCAGGUGGGGUCGGAGAAGCAGAAGGAGCCCUUUGUGUUCGCCUCGGUGCGGAUCCUGGGCGCCUGGCUGGCCGAGGAGACCUCAUCCCUGCGAAAGGAGAUCUGUCAGCUGCUGCCCUUCCUCGUCCGCUACGCCAAGACCCUCUAUGAGGAGGCCGAGGAAGCCAAUGACCUCUCCCAGCAGGUGGCCAAUCUGGCUAUCUCCCCCACCACCCCAGGACCUUCCUGGCCAGGGGAUGCUCUCCGGCUCCUUCUCCCUGGCUGGUGCCACCUGACAGUGGAAGAUGGGCCCCGGGAGAUCCUGAUCAAGGAGGGGGCCCCCUCACUCCUGUGCAAGUACUUCCUGCAACACUGGGAGCUCACAUCGCCGGGCCACGACACUUCAGUGCUGCCUGACAGCGUGGAGAUUGGCCUGCAGACCUGCUGCCACAUCUUCCUGAACCUGGUGGUCACUGCACCAGGGCUGAUCAAGCGUGACGCCUGCUUCACGUCUCUCAUGAACACCCUGAUGGCAUCGCUGCCUGCACUCGUGCAGCAGCAGGGGAGGCUGCUACUGGCUGCCAACGUGGCCACCCUGGGCCUUCUCAUGGCCCGGCUCCUCAGCACUUCUCCAGCUCUUCAGGGAACACCAGCAUCCCGAGGCUUCUUCGCCGCUGCCAUCCUCUUCCUUUCACAGUCCCACGUGGCCCGGGCCACGCCUGGCUCGGACCAGGCCCUGCUGGCCUUGUCCCCUGACUACGAGGGCAUCUGGGCCGACUUGCAGGAGCUCUGGUUCCUGGGCAUGCAGGCUUUCACGGGCUGCGUGCCCCUGCUGCCCUGGCUGGCCCCCGCUGCCCUGCGCUCCCGCUGGCCGCAAGAGCUGCUCCAGCUGCUGGGCAGCGUCAGUCCCACUUCCGUCAAGCCCGAGAUGGUGGCCGCCUACCAGGGUGUCCUGGUGGAGCUGGCCCGAGCCAACCGGCUGUGCCGGGAGGCCAUGCGGCUGCAAGCCGGCGAGGAGACGGCCAGUCACUAUCGUAUGGCCGCCCUGGAACAGUGCCUGUCGGAGCCCUGAGGGGUGUCCACUCUGGGGACAGGCCCAGGGCCGGUAGUAAGGGAAGGAGGGAGGAGGCAUCUUCCCUGAAGCCCCCAAACGGAAAUCCCCCUCCCUAGACUUCCCCCCACAUUCCCCAGCUUUCUGGCUUUCCUGAGGGCCAGGGCAUGGUGCCUGCCCCUCAAGUGUAAGGAACCGCCUCCCGCCCCUGCCCGGGGCCCUCGUGGGGGCAGGGAUCAUCUUGGAAAUUCACGUGGAUACCCUAGCCAGGCUGGGGAAGGUUGGAGUAGCCCCCAAGGAGGGGACACGAGGUGUCAUUGUGCCCAAUGUCUGGCUCCCCACAGGAGGGAGGCCCAGGGCAGGACAGGGCUGGCAGGAGCUGACUGCCACAGCCCAUGUGCCCUGCCGGCCAGGGCGUGGACUCCCAUAGGCUGUGGUGCCCCCGCUGGCCCCCAGUUCCCACGUCCUUUAAAUUAGCCCUUGCCUCUUGCCCUUGGAUCCUUGGGCAAAGAGCGGGCUCAGGCCAUCGACAUCACAGUUCUUCCUAUCAGCUUUAGUGACCCAGGGUCUGAACUGUCCCCAUCCUUCCAGGGAAACCCAGGGCAGACAGGCCUGGGAGAGGGUGGGGACACCUCCUUCCGCCUGAGCUUCCUUUGAGGAGACCCAGGAGUCCUCUGGCCCUGGUCUCCAGGCUUUUGUGUCGUGUUGCAGCUGAGUGACAAUAGGGGUUGGGGGGUUAUUUAUUUUGCCUGUCCUUAUCCCUGCUUGGGCGCCUGAGCGCCUGAUCUGCCCUCCUGGUGCCAUCUGGCCUGGCUGAAGCCAGGAACAGAAGGGCCGCAUCCCCAGAAUCCGCAUGUUCCCCCAGUGAUUGCACCCCAUCUCCACCGCGGUGCCUGGCUUGAAUUCCCACCCUGGCUCUGACUCCUCUCUGCAGGGAGGCGCGACUGGCGGCUCCAGCAGGGAUUGCCUUUCUUAUGGUCCCAAGCUCCCCACCCUGACCUCUCCCCCCACCCCCUGCCCUUCCCCAUUGCGUUCUGUGAUCGCCAAGUUCAAAGCUGUGCACAUGUGGACACUCAAUAAAUGUUCAUUGUUGA